AUGUUCGCCAGUGUUCUUCCCGAACGUUUAAGAGAAGAUGAUGACUCGCAGGUGGAUUUCAGUGCUCCCCCGGGCGGUAUGGGGCCUCGAGAAGGUCAUAUGCAGUACAUGCACCAGUCUAUAUUCGGCAUGAUUGCUGCGGUGGGCUCGAGAUCUGGCUUUCAUGCGCGGUUCGACGAAUCGAGUGAUAGUGAAGGAGAGGACGAGAACCGUGUCCGCAAAGACGCCGAGAACUUGUCUGCUACCGCUGGUGCACUGCCAAUUAGGAGCGGGAAUGAAUCGCCGCGAUUAUCUCCCAAGCCGCAGAGCCCGACUCCGGAGCGCGGUCGUCGCCAUCGACGAACAAUAUCCGAUAACAAGCUAUUGCGCCCGUUCAAGAUCAACUCAAGGCAGAACAAAGGUCAGGAACCGGCUGUACAGUCCGAGCCCCCGACGGGUGAUGAAAUGUCUCGAGCCUCCACUCCCAAACGGCCUCGCAGUGCUACUCCUAGGGCAGCCCCUGUCCUUAGUCGCAUGGUAGAAGCACGGGCUCUGUUGGACACAGAGGAUUCGACUAAAGGCGCCCAGUCUGCUACGGAAGAGAAUCGUGACGAGAGUGGGAAGCAGUCAUCCGCAUCAGCACUUUCAUUACGGCUCAAGGAGAUGUUCGGUUUUGAGGCGCCGGAAAAGGUGCUUGUUGAGUACGCGUGCUCCUUUUUGCAAAGCAUGCUCUUGCAAGGGUACAUGUAUGUCACAGAAGGACACAUCUGCUUCUACGCCUACCUCCCUCGAAAGUCCACCGUCGCCAUCAAGUCCGGAUACGUCUACAAACGUGGCCGGAAGAAUCCCAAAUACAAUCGGUAUUGGUUUUCGCUGAAAGGGGAUGUUCUCUCAUACUAUGCAGACCCGUCGAAACUUUACUUUCCUAGCGGCCAUGUUGAUCUCCGUUACGGAAUUUCGGCUUCUUUGGCUGAGCCAAAAGACAAAGGGCGCGAAGUUAAAGACUUCCAGGUCACCACCGACCAGCGAACAUACUACUUCAGAGCCGAUAGCUCCUCGAGCGCCAAAGAGUGGGUCAAGGCUCUGCAGAAGGUCAUAUUUCGCACCCACAACGACAAGGGCAGCGUCAAGAUCUCCUUCCCCAUUGAGAGUGUCAUCGAUAUCGAAGAGAGCCCCAUGGUAGACUUUGCGGAAACUUUCAAGAUCCGCGUGGUUGAGAGUGAGGAGACCUACGCCAUUGAUGAGUACUAUUUCACGUUUUUCAAUGACGGCCAGGAUGCAUUCAACUUCCUAAGAGGUCUCGUUGCUGACACGCCUAUGAAGCGGUCGCAACUGACCCUAUCACCACAGCCUGAGCAGACGUCUCGCUCUCGCCGUACUCGGGCCUCCCAGAAUAGGUGGUCGAUCACCAGCGGGACAAGUCAAUCUCGGGGCAUUGGAAAAUCUGGCAAUCGACGACGAAGCGCAAGCACGGGGCAGUUCAGUUUCGGGCAGGAUGCCUUGAGCAUGUCUCCACCUAUGAGACAGCAGGACUCAUCUCUGUCCUUCGGAAACUCCUUUGAGCAGGCAACUGAGGCAUCUGGUAUUCUGCAGUCCAUGACAGAUACCACCGAAUCUGCCAGCCAAAUAUUGAACCGAAGCGAUGUUUUUCAGUCGCCUACGAUUCGUACAAUGAGACGAGGCCCUUCGGCCGCCGAGAAGACUGCUCGUCGGCACUCGGAUGAGACAGCGCGGUCGGUGCAUACGACCAGGAAUGGUCCUGAGAUACAGUACGCCGUGAGCGAGUCUGACCGUGAUACUCAGACUCCUACUGGACUUCACCCUUCCACUUCGGCGCUGAAUGAGCUUGCUCGGGCCGGGGUGUAUCCUUUGCAGCGCGCAGCAGGAUUCGCCGAGUACUUGAAGACACGAUCGAAGCAGAUGAGUAACUUGCUGGCGAGUGAAUCUAUGGGCUAUCUCGAGAAGGUUUCUGGGAUGUGGGCCGGUGGCGGCAAGCAUUACGGAGAAUCCGAGAAUAUACUCGCGGAUGACCAGGCUGUCGAUCCCGAAGACCUCGAGGCUGGUUGCAAAGACGGUGACCGAUUCCGUGAACACUUUGCCCUUCCGCCGAGUGAGAAGUUGCAGGCAUCGUACUUUGCGUGGCUACAUCGGAUGAUCCCACUAUACGGCAAGAUUUAUAUUAGUCAGAAAAAGCUGUGCUUUCGCAGUCUUAUGCCCGGGACUCGUACGAAGAUGAUCCUUCCGCUUAAGGAUGUGGAAAAUGUGGACAAGGAAAAGGGGUUCAACUUUGGCCGCCAUGGGCUUGUUGUCGUUAUUCGAGGCCACGAAGAGCUAUUUUUCGAGUUUGGCACAGCUGAGAUCCGAGAUGAUUGCGCUGUCACGCUGCACAAAGGUCUUGAGUCUACGAAGUUUUUGAUGGCGUCCGGACUACUUGCAGAGUGCGAGGAGAAGGAUGAGUCUGAAUCGGCCAGAGCAGAGCACCGUUUACUACAGGAGGCCAGGUUGGACAUCACUGGUAUGCACAGUUCCCGCUCGGCGAUGACUGAGUCCAACGAAUUGCAUCCCAUCUUUGAUGACCCUCGCGCUUCCAUCAUCAACUUCAAGCCUACCGAAUCUUUGAGGAUUACGUGUCUUACAAUAGGCUCCCGUGGUGACGUUCAACCGUACAUUGCCUUGUGUAAGGGUCUUCUUGCCGAAGGGCAUAGGCCCAAGAUUGCAACUCACGCGGAGUUUGAACCUUGGGUGAGAAAGCAUGGCAUUGACUUUGCGCUAGUCGAUGGAGACCCGGCGGAACUUAUGCGGAUUUGUGUAGAGAACGGAAUGUUCACCUACUCAUUCUUCAAAGAGGCAACAGCGAAGUUCCGGGGCUGGAUUGACGAUUUGCUGUCCUCUGCGUGGAAAGCUUGCCAGGACACCGACCUCCUCAUUGAAUCUCCAAGCGCGAUGGCUGGGAUUCACAUCGCCGAGGCACUUCGAAUUCCGUACUUCCGCGCCUUUACAAUGCCUUGGUCAAGAACCCGGGCAUAUCCCCAUGCAUUUGCGGUCCCUGAGCACAAGAUGGGCGGCGCUUACAACUACAUCACCUACGUCAUGUUUGACAACGUCUUCUGGAAGUCGGUUGCAGGUCAGGUGAACCGCUGGCGGAAGAAAGAGCUGGGCUUGAAGGCCACCGGUCUGGAUAAGAUGCAGCCGAAUAAGGUCCCAUUCCUUUACAACUACUCGCCCACUGUGGUGCCGCCACCGUUGGAUUAUCCAGACUGGAUUCGCAUAACCGGGUACUGGUUUCUUAGUGAGGGUUCUGACUGGACCCCUCCAGCGGAACUGGUUGACUUUAUCCAACGUGCUCGCAAGGAUGACAAGAAGGUUGUUUAUAUUGGGUUCGGGUCAAUUGUUGUGUCCGAUCCUUCCGCUCUCACACGCACCGUCAUCGAAUCUGUCCAGAAGGCCGAUGUCCGCUGCAUCCUGUCCAAGGGCUGGUCUGAUCGUCUAGGAGACCCGGCUAGUGCCAAGUCAGAGGUCCCUCUGCCGCCGGAAAUCAUCCAGAUUCAAUCGGCACCCCAUGACUGGCUCUUCUCGCAGAUCGAUGCCGCCGCGCACCAUGGCGGCGCUGGAACUACUGGGGCAAGUCUGCGUGCCGGUGUUCCUACCAUUGUCAAGCCAUUCUUCGGCGACCAGUUCUUCUUCGGAACGCGAGUUGAAGACUUGGGCGUCGGUAUUUGUUUGAAGAAGCUGAACGUGACGAUGUUCUCUCGGGCUUUGUGGGAGGCUACCCAUGACGAGCGUAUGAUCGUCAAAGCCCACAAAUUAGGAGCGCAAAUCCGAAGCGAGGAUGGGGUGGAUACGGCUAUCCAAGCGAUCUACCGUGAUCUAGAGUACGCCAAAACCCUGGCUCAAGCGCGCUCCAAUUUGUCCUCGACGCCGUUCUCGCCCACACCUUCGGCGAAGACGGUGGCAGAACAGGAAGCGGACGAGGACGUACCCGAGGAGGAGUGGACGAUUGUCGAGGACGAUACCGAGUUGGACAUGAGGCCGACUGCGGUCUGA